GCGGGCUGAGGGCGGGGCGGGGCGAGCGUCCCAGGGAAGGUUUGCGUUGCACAAGCUGAUGUCUCGAGUUAGCGGCAGCCAGAUUCCGUCCUCCUCCAACCCUUCUCCUGGAAAAUCAGGGCUAAGCAAAACCAGGUGCUUUCAACUGUCGGCUCUCCAGUGGCUCCGAGGACCCAGGCUCUCCCCCUUGUCCUUUCCGCGACUCGCUGUCGCCCCCGGAAUAAAAUAUCAGCGAGCCCCACGGGCCCAGAAGAGGCCGAAGUUCAGGAACUGCUCCGAGGGUCCCGCACUGCGACCUCUUCUUUCCCCCUUUGCUUCUCCCGCUCAGCAUCUUGGACAUGCCAGGAUUUAAAAGGUUACUCACUGUCACCAUUCUGGCUCUCUGUCUUCUAAGUCCUGGGAAUGCACAGCAACAAUGCACGAAUGGUUUUGACCUGGACCGCCAGUCAGGACAGUGUAUAGAUAUCGAUGAAUGCCGGACCAUCCCUGAGGCCUGCCGAGGCGACAUGAUGUGUGUGAACCAAAAUGGCGGGUAUCUGUGCAUCCCCCGAACCAACCCAGUGUAUCGAGGGCCCUACUCGAACCCCUACUCAAACCCCUACUCAGGUCCGUACCCAGCAGCUGCCCCACCGCUGCCAGCUGCAAACUACCCCACAAUUUCGAGGCCUCUCAUGUGCCGCUUUGGAUUCCAGAUGAAUGAAGGCAACCAGUGUGUGGAUGUGGACGAGUGUGUGACGGAUUCUCACCAAUGCAACCCUACCCAGACUUGCAUCAACACUGACGGCGGGUAUACGUGUUCCUGCACUGACGGCUAUUGGCUUCUGGAAGGCCAGUGCUUAGACAUUGAUGAAUGUCGCUAUGGCUACUGCCAGCAGCUGUGUGCGAAUGUUCCUGGAUCCUAUUCCUGUACAUGCAACCCUGGUUUUACCCUCAACGAGGACGGAAGGUCUUGCCAAGAUGUGAACGAGUGUGCAACUGAGAACCCCUGUGUGCAAACCUGUGUCAACACCUACGGCUCCUUCAUCUGUCGCUGUGACCCAGGAUAUGAACUUGAGGAUGACGGAGUCCGUUGCAGUGAUAUGGAUGAGUGCAGCUUCUCUGAGUUCCUCUGCCAACACGAGUGUGUGAACCAGCCUGGCACAUAUUUCUGCUCCUGCCCCCCUGGCUACAUCCUGCUGGAUGACAACCGAAGCUGCCAGGACAUCAACGAGUGUGAGCACAGAAACCACACAUGCACCCUGCAGCAGACUUGCUACAAUGUGCAAGGGGGCUUCAAGUGCAUCGACCCCAUCCGCUGUGAGGAGCCUUAUCUGCGGAUCAGCGAUAACCGCUGUAUGUGUCCUUCUGAGAAUCCUGGCUGCAGAGACCAGCCCUUCACCAUCUUGUACCGGGAUAUGGACGUGGUGUCCGGACGCUCCGUUCCUGCUGACAUCUUCCAAAUGCAAGCAACCACCCGCUACCCUGGGGCUUACUACAUUUUCCAGAUCAAGUCUGGGAAUGAGGGCAGAGAAUUCUAUAUGCGGCAAACGGGCCCCAUCAGUGCCACUCUGGUGAUGACACGCCCCAUCAAAGGACCCCGGGACAUAGAGCUAGACUUGGAAAUGGUCACUGUCAACACCGUCGUCAACUUCAGAGGGAGUUCCGUGAUCCGACUGCGGAUACACGUGUCGCAGUACCCGUUCUGAGCCGGGGCUGGAGCCUGACACUGCCUCUCAACUGCACCAAGGGACAGAGAAGAGAAGACAUGAGAGGGAGAAUGAGAGCGCGACAGACGUUACUACGCCUUUCCUGCUGAACGUUUCCAAAGAAGUCGGCCCCAAUGUCCUGACCCAGCCUGUAUUAUUGUAGACCUGUCACUCUGAAGGACACGCUCCCCCCAGUUCCUCCAGUACAGUUAUCAAAAAGUAUUAUCAUUGGCACCCUGACCUGAAUUGACGGAGAUUUUUCGAGGCCUUCAGUUUAUUUUCCUAGUUUUUUUCCCAAAGAGAAUAGAUUAGGUUUUCUGGGAUCUGAGUCUGUGUUCAAAGACUGUGAACAGCUUCCUCUCACCUCUUCCACGCCUUCUGUCUCUCGCUGAUUGCUGCUUUGCAAGGGCCCAAAGGACGCCGUGUGUAGCUAGUUUGCUUCUUGUAUGUACAGAGAAGGCUAUGGAAAGAAACCACUGUAGGAUCUGAGGGUUUUUAAAGAGUCUAUUUCAAAACCAUGUCUGGUAUUUCCAGCCGUAAAAGAAGUUUUAGUUGUCGUGAAAUUUGUAUAACUGUUUAAUCCUUUCUUGUUCAUUUUGAGGUUUUUUUUUUUAAAGUAAUAAGUGGUAGAAUUCCUUCAAAAGGCCUUCAGACACAUGUUAUGUUCUGUCUUCCUAAACCCAGUCUCCUCCAUUUUAGCCCAGUGUUUUCUUUGAGGACCCCAUAAUCAUGCUUUCUUUGGAAUUUUUUACCCAACUGGGUUGGAAGGCAGAGGUCUCCAAACUGAUUAAAUAUUCGAAGAGA